UUUACCAACACUGGCUCGAUACUGCACGUGUAGAACUCCGAUUUAAAAUAAUUUUUUUUUAAUUUAAAAAGGAAAACAAAGUGAAAAUCAAACGUGACACACAUGCAGAGGCAUAAACCAAAGCGUCCUGGUCCUGGUGCUGGUCUUAGAAAGCCAAACGGCGUAAAGGGACCGGCUGGCAAGGACAAAUUCAACAAACACAAGAAACGUCCCAACAAUCCCAAAAAUGAGGAGCAUUCCAAAUCCAAAUUGGCAGCAACUGAAUUAGAGAUUCAGCAACUGCAAGCCAAAUACGAGGAGAUAAAUGCCGAUGAAAUUAAAAUAUUUAAACAUUUUCCGCUGUCGCAAAAGACGCAAAAAGCUUUAGCCGAAUUCAAGUACACAAAUCCCACGCCAGUCCAGCGGGAGAGUAUUGGUCCCGCUUUGCUGGGCAAAGAUGUGCUCGGAGCUGCUGUCACAGGCAGCGGUAAAACCUUGGCCUUUCUCAUACCAGUGUUGGAGCAUUUGUUUAUAAACAAAUGGUCACGUUCGGAUGGCGUUGGAGCAAUUAUUAUAUCACCCACCCGUGAGUUGGCCUAUCAAAUAUUUGAGACACUAAAGAAGGUGGGAAAGCAUCAUGAUUUUUCCGCUGGUUUGAUAAUUGGCGGCAAGAAUUUGAAAUUUGAGCGUACUCGGAUGGAUCAGUGUAAUAUAUUGAUAUGUACUCCAGGACGCCUGCUGCAGCAUAUGGAUGAGAAUCCCCUCUUUAAUACCAGCAGCAUGGAAAUGCUUGUACUGGAUGAAGCCGAUCGUUGCCUAGAUAUGGGUUUCCAAAAGACUCUAAACUCGAUCAUUGAGAAUUUUCCACCCGAUCGUCAAACAUUGUUAUUUUCGGCCACACAGACGAACACGGUGCAGGAUCUGGCCAGGCUUAAUCUCAAAGAUCCCGUCUAUGUUGGCUAUGGCAAUGGGGAGGGCACUCCAACUGUCACCUCAUCUUCAUCCAUAUCCGUAACCGAAUCGCGAGCCGUUUUAAAGGUGCCCGAAUUGCUGCAACAGAGCUAUGUUGUCCUGAAACUGGAGGAUAAACUCACCAUGUUGUGGUCGUUCAUUAAGAAUCAUUUGAAGCAGAAAAUCAUUGUCUUUGUCUCCAGCUGCAAACAAGCCAAAUAUUUGUAUGAAAUUUUCUGCAAACUGCGUCCUGGUGUCGGUUUACUGGCUCUCUAUGGUACUCUACAUCAGGAUCGUCGAAUUGCCAUCUAUGAGGAUUUUCUGCGCAAAAGUCAUGUGGUCAUGUUUGCCACUGAUGUGGCAUCACGUGGUUUGGAUUUUCCUUCUGUAAAUUGGGUCGUACAGCUAGAUUGCCCCGAGGAUGUGUCCCAGUACAUACAUCGAGCUGGCCGCUCGGCUAGAAAUAAAUCACGUGGCGAAUGCCUUUUGGUGUUGACGCCCAGCGAGGAGGAAUACAUGAUUGGAGCACUCAAGGAGCAACUUAAUCUCGAUAUACAUUGUGUACAAAUUGAUCCCAAGAAACUAUUCUCGCCACGUGUAAAAAUCGAAGCAUUUUUGGCACAAUUCCCAGAGCUAAGAGCAACGGCGCAACGUGCCUAUUUGGCCUAUCUAAAGUCUGUGUUCCUGAUGCGCAAUAAACGAUUGUUCAAUGUCUUUAGCCUAGAUCUAGAUGCAUAUGCUCAGUCGUUGGGUCUGGCGGUAACGCCUCGAGUUCCCUUCCUCGAGAAAUUCCUGUGGCGUCAGAAACAACUGCAGAAAUCAAAGAAUACCCAAGACGACGAGGUUCCAGAAUUGGAUGAGAAAAAGGUUCUACCGAAAUUAAGCAAAUCCCAGGCAUUUGCAGCUUCUGAGGACGAUGAUGAUGAUGGUGAUGACUUUAUCAAGCUCAAGCGGCGGGAUCAUGAAGUCGAAGGCGGUCCCAUUGACUUGGCUGAGAUUGAUAUUAAGAAAGAGAACGCCGACGAUGACGAUGAUGAUGCUAAUAAAGAGGAGGAUGAAGCAACUGACGAGUUACUUGUGGUGCCCAAACGUGAAAAGCUCGUCACCAAGGCUGCCCUGGCCAAGAAGGCUCUGAAAAAGAAUCUUCAGGUCAACUCUAAACUGAAAUUCGAUGACGAGGGCGAAACAGUGGCUAAUGUUCGCAAUCAAAUGAAGUCGUUGGUUGCCAAGAACCAGAAAAAUCAAGACAAGCACAAAGAUGAUGAUGGUGGCAUUAGCUUGGUGCUGUCCAAAAACCUAAUGGCAGAGGAGGAUGAAUACGAUAAACAGCGUUUCCGUGAAUUGGUCAAGAAGCGACAUAAAAUCCAACGUGAAAAAUUGCGUAAGAAGGCUGAGCGGCAGCAGGCCGAGGAGGAGGAUGAUGAGGCCGAAGCACAAACAGCUGUAGCGGACGGAGAUGAUGGUGAUAGUGAUAGUGAUCAUUCAGUAGAUUUAUCCUGGCUACCUGAUCCCGAUAAAAUCUAUAGCAAAAAGCCAACAACAAGUGAGCCAAACAAUCAGCGACAUGAAAAAGUUCCCGAAUCCGAAUCAGCAAGUGAAGACGACGACGAUGAGGAUGACCAAGAUGAACCUGUCCAUAAAAAGUCCAAGCUAACGCACAAAAUGAACUUAUUGGACACGGAGGCGAUUGCUGCCAAUCUAUUGGGCAGCUGAAAUGGCAUGGGAAGGCCAUUUAAUUAGAUCACUUAACAAAUUUUCUAAUGUUUAAUGUUUAAUUUAAUUCUAAUUAAUUAAAUUUCAAAUUCAUUUGCAAA